UUCGUGGUGCAAGAAGUGCUUUAACUAUCAGUCGGUCGUGUCGGUCAAAUAAGUCAAAGUUGAUACACUGUAAAAUAAAAAUUUAAAGUUUUUAUACCAUGGUACGUGUAGAAGGAUGUUGUUGCUGUAACCUUCGUACCGGGGGAUUGGUUAUUGGUUGGCUUUGCAUUGUGUUUUUAGUUUUAGGAUUUAUCGGCACAAUUAAGGAUAUUAUUGAUGACACAUCUAUUAAUAGAGAUUCGUUAAAUCGUAAUUCGGACGAACGUCAAAGACAUCGGAUAUUUACUUUAAUUGUUACUUCGAUUGACAUUCUUGUUAAUGGAUUACUAAUAAAUGGAAUAAUCAAAAAAAAACAAAAUAGGCUACUGCCUUGGCUUAUUGUACGUGGAAUUUCACUCCUUAUAAUAAUUCCUGCAGGAUUAUUUGUUAUAUUUUUGACAAAAUUGCUGACUUCACCGGGAAUUUUCGUAGUAACUGCAAUCUUUGGCGUGUUUAUUGGUUUGUGGAUCUGGGCGUGGAUUGUUAUAUUUUCUCUUUACCACGAAAUACGUGAUGCCAAACUAAGACCACCACAACAUAUGUCAAUGGCCACACCACAUUAUCAAAAUCAAACAAACUACCAAGGUCAAUAAUCACCAUAAUUACUUAAGAUAUAAAGCUUUUUAAGUACUUAUGAAGCAACUAGGGUAGACUAAUGUUAACUGAUUUAAAUUUAAUAUGUAUAUAAAACUACCAACAUAUGUACCCAUUUAAAUAUUAUAAGAUGUAAUUUGUACCUAAUUUAUUAGAUUCAAAUUUGUUUUUAUUUUUCGAUUCUAACUUAAACUAAACCACUAAUUUUAAUAAAAAUUUUAAAGAAACUGA